GGAUUUCAUCAUUCACUCUGCCUCAUUUUCUGCCGGUGUUUUCGGUCCAUGCUUUUCAGAGCAGUCGUACCCGCCCUGGUGAGGUCCAGUAUAGGCAUCGCUGCCUUCGUGCUGCCUCGGGUUGCAGUGAAAUCAGACCCGCUCCCUCAUUCAUUGAAAGGCAGGCUUUUUUCUCGAUCGGUCUGCUUGAGUAAGAAGAAAAGUCUUCGGCUUCAGAUUUCAGAAGGACAAAUUAUGGAUGGCAAUAUUGAAGAGAUUCUCGCCCCAUUGAGGCUUGCAGUGAAAGAACAGGGGGAAUUGGUACGCAAAUUGAAAGAGGAGCAGGCCCCUGAUGUGGAUGUUACCAAAGCUGUGGCAGAGCUGAAGGCCCGAAAGCGAAUACUCGAGGCUAAGGAGUUGUCCCUACAGCCCAAGGAUGAUAUCAUUGAUAGAACCAAGAUGGAGGACACUCUUAAGAGGAGAUUCUUUUAUGAUCAAGCAUUCUCCAUCUACGGUGGUGUGAGCGGGCUGUACGACUUUGGCCCCGUCGGGUGUGCUCUGAAGAACAACAUCCUCCAAGCAUGGAGGCAGCACUUCAUCCAAGAGGAGCAGAUCCUGGAGAUCGACUGCACUAUGCUGACCCCAGAGCCUGUUCUCAAGACAUCAGGACACGUGGAUAAGUUUGCAGACUACAUGGUGAAGGAUGUGAAGAACGGAGAGUGUUUCCGUGCCGACCACCUCCUGAAAGCUCAUCUCCAGAAAUUGAUGUCUGACAAGAAAUGUGCUGCUGAAAAGAAAGCUGAGAUGGAAGAUGUCAUCACUCAGAUGGACAACUACACCCAGCAAGAGUUGACAGACCUCUUUGUUAAGUACAACGUCAAGUCUCCGACCACAGGGAAUGACCUGACCGCACCCAUCUCCUUCAACCUGAUGUUCCAGACCUCCAUUGGACCUGGGGGCAACAUGCCAGGGUAUCUACGGCCAGAGACCGCUCAGGGAAUCUUCCUCAACUUCAAGCGCCUGCUGGAGUUCAACCAGGGAAAGCUGCCCUUUGCCGCGGCCCAGAUCGGGAACUCCUUCAGGAAUGAGAUCUCUCCCCGCUCGGGCCUCAUUCGGGUCAGAGAGUUUACCAUGGCAGAAAUAGAGCACUUUGUGGACCCCAACGAAAAGAUCCAUCCAAAGUUCCAGAAUGUAGCAGACCUGGAUAUCCUGUUGUACUCCUCCAAAGCACAGACCAGUGGCCAGUCAGCCAAAGUAAUGAGGCUGGGUGAGGCAGUAGACCAGGGGGUGAUCAAUAACUCUGUCCUGGGCUACUUCAUUGGGAGGAUCUACCUGUACCUUACCAAGGUGGGCGUGAGCCCAGACAAGCUGCGCUUCCGUCAGCACAUGGAUAACGAGAUGGCCCACUAUGCCUGCGACUGCUGGGAUGCUGAGACCAAAACCUCCUACGGCUGGAUCGAGAUUGUUGGGUGUGCAGACCGCUCGUGCUAUGACCUGCUGUGUCACGCCCGGGCCACCAAAGUCCCCCUGGUGGCUGAGAAGCCCCUGAAGGAACCCAAAACCGUAAAUGUUGUCCAGUUCGAACCAAACAAGGGAGCCAUCGGCAAGGCCUACAAGAAAGAGGCCAAGCUGGCGAUGGAGUACUUGGCCAUCUGCGAUGAGUGCUACAUUACGGAUCAGGAGAAGCUUCUCAGUGAAAAUGGUGAGUUCACCUUUGAGACAGAAGGGAAGACUUUUAAGCUAACCAAGGACAUGGUCACUGUGAAGAGGUUCCAGAAGACUCUACAUGUUGAAGAAAUUGUUCCCAACGUAAUCGAGCCGUCCUUCGGCAUUGGAAGAAUCAUGUACUCCAUCUUUGAACACACAUUCCAUGUCAGACAGGGCGACGAACAAAGAACGUUUUUCAGCUUUCCGGCCACUGUAGCACCCUACAAAUGCUCCGUCCUCCCUUUGAGCCAAAAUCAGGAAUUCGUGCCUUUCGUCAAAGAGCUAUCCGAAGCCAUGACCAAAAACGGCGUCUCGCAUAAGGUGGAUGACUCCUCUGGGUCCAUUGGGAGACGCUACGCCAGGACGGAUGAGAUCGGCGUGGCGUUUGGCAUCACCAUCGAUUUCGACACGGUGAACAAGAACCCCCACACCGCCACCCUGAGGGACCGCGACUCCAUGCGUCAGAUCAGGGCCGAGGUUUCUGAGUUGCCGGAGAUUGUCCGCGACCUGGCGAAUGGAAACACCACAUGGGCCAAAGUGGAGAGCAAGUAUCCCAUCUUUGAGGGACAGGAGACCAGCAAGAAGGAAGUCAUCGAGGAAUAAAACACAACUGCACCAGCCAGCACCUCUCACUGGAGAAAGCGGACAUUUGUACUUAAAGUCAAUCGGGGCACUUUCCCAGCUGUAAUUUGCAAAGCUGUCUGUUCACUAGUAGAGGUCCUUAUGUUUCACAAUGCAGCCACUAUUGUUUUGGGAUAAUGAUAAUUUUUAUGUAAUUAUAAUGCUUCAAGUCGAAUAACGGUAUGUUUUUGCAUAUUCCUGCCCAUAAAUGUUAGCUUUUAAAUUCAGUUGAAAUCCUCAUAACUAAAAAAAGAAUGGGGGAAAUGGCGAGGCAUUUUGGUGAAUGACCUCUCUCUUUGAGAGCUGUUGGUGUACGGUUUAUACAAAUGCCUGAAAAGGUGAGGGAAGGCACUUUGUCUUUAUAUCAACCUGCUUAAAUCAUGUCCUUUCUUUUCAGUUUCGAGGUGUGUCUCACAGAGCAGAAGACAUGUAUGUCACUGUUCUGAAACUGGGGAAAUGAAAUGAAAAGCAUCUUGGUUCAAUAAACCCAAAUUAUCUGUA